AUGGAGAUCAGGGUGUUCUUUGAACUCAUGAACAAGAGUAGGGUGGCUGAGGAGUAUGUGAGAAAGGCUGCAGCAGAGAAGGAAAGUUUGGGACUGGAGUAUGCUAUUUUUUGUGGACAGCCUGGACACUUGGCCAAUAAUUGCCCAGAGAAGAAGAAGUUUGAGACAGGUAGAGUGCAGCAGCUGAGAAGAGUGUAUACUACUUCCGCAGUAGGUACUGAGGGGUCAGAGACACUGAUUAGAGGUAACUAUAAGAUGGCCGAUAAAAUUUUAAAUGCCUUAUUUGAUUCUGGAGCAACACAUUCGUUUAUUGCAUUUGAGAAGGCUGAUGAAUUAGGAUUGAAGAUAGUGGUCUUGGGUUAUGAUUUGAAGGUGUAUAAUGCUACCCAUGAGGUUGUGGUGACUAGGUUAGGAUGUCCACAAGUUCCGUUUCGCAUACAACAGCGUGAAUUCAUGCAUGAUUUGUUUUGUCUGCCGAUGACUGGUCUUGACCUCAUUCUGGGGUUGGACUGGUUAUCCAAGAACCAUGUUCUGCUCAACUGUUCUGAAAAAUCAGUAUGCUUUAUGCCGGAAGACACAGAAGGGCCGGUUGUGCUGAAUAGCUAUUACUUGAAUUCUAUGAUGGUGAAUUAUGUGUUUUCGGAUGAUAUUGACAAAUGUUCACCUAACCAAGAGGUUGAAUUCACUAUUGAGUUGGUGCCUGGAGCCGGUCUAAUCUCGAGUGCUCCUUAUAAGAUGUCAACUCUACAAAUGGCCGAGCUGAAGUCUCAGCUAGAAGAUCUGUUGGGUAAAAACUUUAUUCGGCCGAGUGUUUUUCCGUGGGAAGUGCCAGUGUUACUGGUGAAGAAAAAAGACGGGAGUAUGCGCUUAUGUAUUGAUUAUCGGCAGCUGAAUAAGGUUACUGUGAAGAACAAAUAUCCGUUGCCAAGGAUUGACGACCUAAUGGACCAAUUACAAGGAGUCGGCUGUUCUCUAGCCGAUGAGAUUAUUACUAGCUAUAUGUGGAACAAUAGCUAUUUAAUUUGA